AUGGCCCUGCACAUGGUUGCAGAUAUACCAGGGCUCUCACUUGCAGACUCUCUGCACAUAGCAAUUUUGGCUUCCGUACUUUGUCUUCUCAUUUACUGGCUCAUCAGAGACAAUCAGAGAGUGAGAAACCUGAGUGAAAAGCAUGUCUUCAUAAUGGGCUGUGACACUGGACUUGGGAACUCGCUGGCUAAAUGGCUUGACAAAAGGGGAUUUUGUGUCAUUGCUGCAUGUGCCACAGAAAAAGGAGGCCAAGAGCAACGGUCCUGCUCCUCACUCUCACUGAAGACAGUGAACCUGAACUUAGCUGACUCCAACAGCAUUGCCAGGGCUGUGCUGUUUGUGACCAGGGAGACCGCUGGAAAGGGGCUUUUUGGCUUGGUGAGUGAUGCUGAAGGAACAGCAUCUGCAGCACCCACUGACUGGCUGAGCAUUGAAGACUUCCACUCCGUGCUGGAUGUUAGUCUGCUGGGAUUGAUUGAAAUCACACUCAAGCUUCUCCCACUUCUGAAAAAAGCUGAGGGAAGAGUAAUCAAUCUAAUUAAUGCCAAAGGCCUCAUGGCCUUUGCAGGAGGUGUCUACAGUCUGUCCAAAUGUGGUGUGGAAGCUUUCUCUGACACCUUACGGAUAGAGAUGCAGCAUUUUGGAGUGAAAGUAAGCAUUGUUGAGCAUGGUUUCUUUAAGGCAGAAGUAGCUAAUUCAGAUGUUAUCCAGAGAAACCUCUUAAGACUUUGGAACAGACUGACUCCUGAGAUCAGGGACUCCUAUGGAGAAAAAUACUUAAUUGAAUAUAUAAAAGCUCAAAGAUCAUUAGUGAAAAGAUUGUGUGACUCUGAUAUUACUAAGGUCAUAAAAUGCAUGGAACAUGCCCUGACAGCAAAGUACCCCAGGACACGAUAUGGAGCUGGAUGGGACGCAAAGUUCUUUUGGCUGUUUCUCUCCUAUGCCCCAAGCUGUUUGUCUGGCAUGCUGCUGCAUAUGAUGCUUCCAGCUCCAGCAGCUAGUGGGAGAUCAGUUCCUGGAGUUAUAAUUAACAUUUAG